AUGGCCUCCAAGGACGGCGGCCAAGAUACUACACCAAGGCGUCACAGUCUUAACGAUGAGUGUGAUCCUAACUCGGCGACUGAUGAGAAGAGACUUGUUGCCAAAUUGGACUUUUACAUCAUACCUCUCAUCAUGGUUCUCUAUCUUUUCAGUUUCUUAGACAGAGUCAAUAUCGGUAAUGCUCGACUAUACGGCCUUGAGGAAGACCUAGGGCUCUCAUCGAAUCAGUUCCAGGUCGCUGUGUCUAUCCUCUUUGUCACAUACCUGCUCUUCGAAGUUCCAUCUAACCUGGUAUUGAAACUCUUCACUCCGCGCCGAUGGAUUGCUUUCAUUGCUACUGCAUGGGGUAUUAUCGCUACACUCACCGGUCUCGUGAACUCAUACGGCUCUCUGAUUGCCUGUCGUUUGCUUCUCGGCGCCGUGGAAGCCGGCCUUUUCCCCGGCUUGACGGUGUAUCUCACAUUCUUCUACACCAAGAGAGAACUCGCUCUCCGUGUGGGCUACCUUUUCGUCAGCGCUGCAGUCGCCGGCGCUCUCGGUGGCUUACUUGCGUACGGAAUUGGCCACAUGGACGGAGUGCGCGGUAUGAGCGGCUGGCGCUGGAUCAUGAUUAUUGAAGGAAUCCCCAGCUUCUUGAUCGGUGUUGUCACUUAUUUUGUGCUGCCCAACGAUGCUGAUACGGCGUACUUUCUCGACGACAAUGAAAAGGCUCUCAUGCGCUUGAGACAUGCGCGCGAGUACGGAAACACGGCGUCGAGUCGGGAGUUCAGCAAGAAGGACAUGAUGUGCGCUUUCAAGGACUGGAAGGUAUGGGCGUUUUGUGUUGCCCAGUUUGGAGUCGACACUAUGUUGUACGGAUUCUCUACUUUUCUGCCGACUAUCAUCAAAGAUCUCGGCGACUGGACAGUUGCAGAAACACAACUCCUUACCGUGCCCUGUUACUUCCUCGGUGCCGCGGCAUACAUGUCUACAGCAUUCCUUUCGGACAAGCUGCAGCGCCGUGGACUCUUUUGCGUGAUUUUUGGACUCAUCAGCUGUGUGGGCUAUGCUGUUCUCCUGGCAGAUAUUUCUUCUGGUGCACACUACUUCGGCUGCUUCCUCGUCGCUGGAGGUUUGUACGUGGUUGUGGGUUUGCCAUUGGCAUGGUUGCCCACAAAUUCACCUCGUUAUGGAAAGCGCACCACGGGUACAGGCAUGCAGCUGACAUGGGGCAAUGCGGCAGGCAUCAUGUCUGCGUUCAUCUAUCCCGCUUCGGACAGACCUCGAUACAUCAAGGGUCACGCUGUGACGCUCAGCAUGGUUGCGCUUGGUACUGUGAUCUAUGGGUUCAUGUGGUGGUGGUAUCGACGAGAGAACGAGCGAAGACAAGCAGGCUACGUUGACGAGAAGUAUCGAGGAAUGGGAGAGGACGAGCUGGCUGAGCUUGGAGAUGAGAGCCCUCGUUAUAGGUUCACGGUUUAG